UUGUUAAAAAAAAUACCCUUGCAUCUGCGCUCAAGGCUCUCUAUGCAUGGGGGUCGUUUGAAACCAAGGUUUACACUAUCUGGCAAAACAGAUGCCUAAAAGUCAUUCAGCCCAGCGCUGUCGAGACCUCCCCACCCCUAGCAUCUAGAUGCUAGCCCCCGGAGAUUUUAGAAUAUCAAAAGAUACCUAAUGUUUAGACACCACCCAAUACCCUAUGUUUGAACCAAAUGGCGGGUGUUUGAACCACAUGCCUUAGGCUUCAAAGAUAACUUUGAUGCGGUUUUAGCGCGAAAAAAUACGACACCACGCGAGUCAUACGGCUACAAAAGCUAAGCAAAACAGGUCCCCCCUGUUAGCUUCGUUUUCGCGCAUUUACCCUACAGCAUUCCCCCAGGAAUAGUUAUCGGACGGACCCCGUUAAAAAAGAUCAUCUGGUAAAAACCCUCCUCAUGGAUAUUUCUCAAGAUUCUCAAACCUUCACUCAGAUUCUCCGAGAUAUAACUGAACUCGAACCGGCCGUAGGGUCUCCGGAACAAAUUGCUUACAUCCCAACGCCGACCCUGAAUUGUACGGAAAUACAUCCUAGAACGGGUGCCAUAGGGAGUCUACACGGUUUCUGUGAAGGAUAUGCCUACGAGACAAUUGUGCCCUACUCCCAGGAUGUAUUUACACACAAGCCGCAAACAGAGCCUUUAAACGGCCUGUCAACUCCCCUGACCCAGGACCGUUGGACGCCCCCUAUUAAACACCAACGGACAAUCAGGGCCCAGAUCCACAGGUCCGCUUCACCCGAACAAUACUACUGGGAGGGUAUUCACGAGACAGCGUUACAAGGACAAGGCUCACAAGCUACAGACCAGGCAGAUGCUAUAAUUAGGGUUGCCCAAAGACAUGUUCCCGAGUUCUCAGAGCUUCUUCAGAACAGCCCUCUUCAAAAAAGCCGAGACUCCUCGCCGGCUUAUAAAGACCUCCAAGAAGCUACACAUCUAGAUCCCGAGGAGGCGCCAAAGACCCCAGUCACCAGAACAGCGAAGCCUGAUGAUUUCAAAGUUUUAAAUGACAUUUCUGAGGUAGACGAUUUGAUGUUCUGUGAAGUGGCCAACCUUAUUGAAGCGGCCAAUUCUGGUGGGGCAAAAGCCUCUUGUGAAAUAGACCAAGCCGUGCUUUUCAAGGCUUUUACACAGGGUUUAAAAUCACGAAAGGCUUUACUUCAACGUCGUAUGGGUAUUCUAUUCGAACAUCAAUACAAUCAGGAUGUGUCAUUCUGGCGUAGAGAGCUUCCCCGCAUGUUAAACAACAGUAGGGUUAAAACAAGCAAAUACCUCCGUUAAAAAACACAUAUGUAAAAAAACACAAGCACACACAUCCUUAAGUAGAGAAAUGGCGCCCCCUAUAGACCUAAGCGAGACAAUUGAAACCCUCUUAGCGGAAAUCCCUACAGAGCUCCAAGAUAUAAUUAACCAUAUGAAUGAUUCUGGGCUAAUUGACAUAGGGGCUAUAGAUGAAAACCUAUUAUCCCAGAUUCCCUCCGAACUCAUUGAAAUUAUUACACGUAUGAAUGAGUCAGGGUCUGCAGAUGAAAACAGGUUAUCACAGAUACCCGAAUCACUCAUAUCUUUAAUUACCCAGAUGAACGAGAGCCCAAGGUUUAAUUCUGCACCCCCUACACCUCUAAGCCAUCCUUUAACACCCUUGUUCGAAGAGGAAACCCAAUACGAUGUUUUUGAACAGCUGAACAAAUGUCUAUCAAAUCUGGAGCGGGAAGGUCUUGAUCACAAUGUACAGAACGAAAGCCCUAGGUUUAACCUGUUGGGGAUGGGGGCGCUGUUUAGACUACUUAUGCUAAUUUGGCUAAUUUUUUAAACGGCUUCCCACAAAAUCCUUGAUCGUACAAUAUGCAUAUUAUUAUUAUUAUUGGAUAGAAAACAGUCUAUAGUUUCUAUAGGAGUUGAAAUUUUGUCUCUAAGUGGAACAGAGCCCAUUCUACAGCAAUUUCCCUGACAUGGAGUCAGAUUUGAGAAAUGUUGGCCACUGUUCUGAAGUCAUUUAAAAGGGCACUGUCGUUGCUAUGACUAUACGGACACUUCUUACGUCUUCCCCUGGAUGCCUUUACGUGAUGACGAUUCCAACGGGGUCGAUUGCGCGUUCACAGGCCCUACAAAUGAAAAAACCCUGAAGCUAGUCAUUCUUUGGGAGCUGCGUCAUGAGCCAAGAGGACACCGGCGCGCACUUGUUCCAAGCGUUAGUUUAGCCUGUU